AUGAAGCUCUUGUCUACUUGGGCUGUUGCCUGUCUGGCGGCUCAGGCAGCGGGUGCUGCACUUACCCAUAAUCUCAAUGGCUUUACGAUCAGAGAGCAUUCGGACCCGGCGAAGAGGGCUCUGUUGCAGAAACACGUGACUUGGGACGAGAACUCGCUGUUUAUCAAUGGCGAGAGACUCAUGAUCUUCAGCGGUGAAGUUCAUCCAUUCCGACUACCCGUUCCGUCCUUGUGGAUUGAUAUCUUCCAGAAGGUCAAGGCUCUGGGGUUCAACUGCGUUUCGUUCUAUACCCACUGGGCUCUGCUGGAAGGUAAAUCGGGCCACUACCGUGCUGAGGGCGUGUUCGAUUUGGAGCCCUUCUUCGAAGCGGCCAAGGAGGCGGGUAUUUAUCUCCUGGCUCGCCCGGGCCCGUACAUCAAUGCCGAAGCUUCUGGUGGUGGGUUCCCGGGAUGGCUUCAACGCGUGAAUGCCACUCUGCGGACCAACCAGACGGCGUAUCUGAAGGCCACCGACAACUACGUCUCUAACGUCGCUUCGACAAUUGCCAAAGCGCAGAUCACCAACGGCGGCCCGGUCAUCCUCUACCAGCCUGAAAACGAGUACUCCAGCUCCUGCUGUGGCGUUGAUUUCCCUAAUGGCGCGUACAUGCAGUAUGUUGAGGACCAGGCUCGCAAUGCCGGCAUCGUCGUGCCUCUCAUCAGUAACGAUGCCUACCCCGGCGGCCACAAUGUUCCUGGCAGCGGCCUUGGUGCGGUCGAUAUCUACGGCCAUGAUGGCUAUCCCCUUGGGUUUGACUGUGCGAACCCCACCACCUGGCCCUCUGGUGACCUCCCCACGGACUACUACACCCUGCACAUGGAGCAGAGCCCCUCGACCCCGUAUUCAAUCAAUGAGUUCCAAGGUGGCUCGUUUGAUCCAUGGGGUGGCGAUGGAUUUUUCGCCUGCUCCGAGCUUCUGAACAGCGAAUUUGAGAGAGUGUUCUACAAGAACAACUUCAGUUUCCGCGUUGCUAUCAUGAAUCUGUACAUGAUCUUUGGUGGUUCCAACUGGGGCAACCUGGGCCAUCCUGGUGGCUAUUCGUCCUAUGACUACGGCUCCGCGAUUGCCGAGUCGCGCAACAUCACCCGGGAGAAGUACAGCGAGCUCAAGCUGAUUGGAAAUUUCAUGAAAGUGUCUCCGGCAUACCUUCUGACGGAGCCCCGAAACCUCACCACGACCACGUACACGAACAAUGCCGCUUUGACGGUGACGCCUCUGAUUGGAAGCAACGGCUCGGAUACGUCGUUCUUCGUGAUUAGACACACCGACUACUCCAGCGAGUCGUCCGACCAGUACAAGCUCAAGGUCCCUACAAGCGCUGGCCAAUUGACCAUCCCGCAACUCGGUGACAGCAACCUUAGCCUCAAUGGCCGUGACUCGAAGAUUCAUGUUGUUGACUACGAUGUGGCCGGCACGAAUAUCAUCUACUCGACGGCUGAAAUCUUCACCUGGAAGCAGUUCGCUGACCACAAGGUUCUCGUUCUGUACGGUGGUGCUGAUGAGCAUCAUGAGUUGGAGGUUGCUGUGGAUGGGAAGAUGUCAGUCCUCGAGGGCUCUGAGUCCAAGAUUGCGUCCAAGCAAAAUAGUAAAUCCGUCAUCAUUGGAUGGGAUGUUUCGCCCACUCGUCAAAUUGUCCAGGUGGGCGACCUGAAGAUCUUCCUCCUUGACCGAAACUCCGCCUUCAACUACUGGGUUCCGGAGCUCCCAGCCCAAGGCACAACCCCCGGCUACAGCUCCAAGACCACCACUGCCUCGUCGAUCAUCAUCAAGGCCGGCUAUCUCGUGCGGAAUGCUUAUCUGCAAGGCAGUGAUCUCCAUAUCACUGCGGACUUCAACGCCACUACUCCUAUUGAAGUGAUUGGUGCUCCAUCUAAGGCCAAGAACCUGGUGAUCAACGGGCAAAAGGCUCAUGUCAAAGUUGACAAGAACGGCAUCUGGUCCACCAAUGUCGAGUACUCGGCACCUAAGCUCAAGAUCCCGACCCUCAAGGAUCUCGACUGGAAGUACAUUGACUCGCUCCCCGAGAUCCAAAACUCGUACGACGACUCGGCUUGGCCGGCGGCGAACCAGCCCUUCACCAGAAACAGUGUCAACCCACUCAUGACGCCGACCUCGCUCUACUCGUGCGACUAUGGCUUCAAUGUAGGCACUCUGGUCUAUCGCGGCCACUUCGUUGCCACCGGCACGGAGGACAGCUUCUCGGUGCACACCCAGGGCGGCUUGGCGUACGGCCAUUCCGUCUGGCUGAACGAGAAUUACGUCGGCUCGUGGGCUGGAACGAGCGUCUACUCGGACUACAAUUCCACAUACUCGCUACCCAAGCUCCAAGCCGGCAAGUCCUACGUGAUCACAGUGGUCGUCGAUAACAUGGGUCUGGAGGAGAACGAGGUCGGCUCGGACGAGAUGAAAGACCCCCGCGGAAUCUUGGACUACGCCCUGUCCGGCCGCCCGGCCAGCUCCAUCACCUGGAAGAUGUCUGGCAACCUCGGCGGCGAGGAUUACCGCGAUCAGGUGCGUGGCCCGCUAAACGAGGGCGGGAUGUACGCCGAACGCCAGGGCUUCCACCAGCCCCAGCCGCCAUCGCAGCGAUGGAACUCUGGCAGUCCACUGGAAGGUCUAUCGGAGCCUGGUAUCCGCUUCUACAGUGCUAGCUUCGAUCUAGAUCUGCCGUCGGGCUAUGAUAUUCCUCUGUACUUCAACUUCGGCAACUCCUCCACCACGCAGUCCGCGUAUCGUGCCCAGCUGUUUGUCAACGGAUACCAGUUUGGCAAGUAUGUGAACAACAUCGGGCCCCAGACGAGCUACCCUGUUCCAGAGGGCAUACUUAACUACCGUGGUACCAACUGGGUGGCCUUGACGCUGUGGGCGCAGGAGUCGAACGGUGCGAACCUGGAGAGUUUCGAGCUGGUGAACACCACGCCGGUGCUGACCGGCAUGGGCAAGGUGCAGUCGGUUGAGCAGCCGAAGUGGGAGAAGCGAGCGGGUGCAUAUUAA